AAGUCUCUCUCCCCAUCACCAUCAAGUCUAAGUCAGAGUCUCCUAAGGAGCCCAAACAGCUGUGGAAGCUUUUCACUGGAGGGCUGAGCUUCAAAUCCACUAACGAGAGCCUAAGGAGCCAUGGGAAAUACUCAUGGACUGCAUGGUAAUGAGACCCAACCAUCAAGAGCUCCAGAAGCUUUGGGUUUGCCACAUAUGCCACUGUGGAGGAGGUGGAUGCAGCCAUGAAUGUGACAUCACACAGGUGGGUGAAAGAGUUGUGGAACCAGAGGGAGCUGUCUCGAGAGAGGAUUCUCAAAGAUCAGGUGCCCACUUAACUGUGAAAAAGAUAUUUGUUGGUGGCAUUAAAGAAGACAUUGAAGAAUAUCAUCUAAGAGACUAUUUUUAAUAGUUUGGGAAAAUUGAAGUCAUUGAAAUUAUGACUGACCAAGGCAAUGGCAAGAAAAGGGGCUUUGCCUUUGUAAUCUUUGACGACCAUGACUCCGUGGAUAAAACUGUCAUUCAGAAAUACCACACUGUGAAUGGCCACAAAUGUGAAGUAAGGAAAGUCUUGUCGAAGCAAGAGGUGGCUAGUGCUUCAUCCAGUCAAAGAGGUCGAAGUGGUUCUGGAAACUUCGGUGGUGGUCGUGGCAGUAGUUUCAGUGGAACUUUGGUUGUGGAAGAAACUUCGGUGGUUGUGAUGGCUUUGGAGGCAGCUGUGGUGGUGGCGGACAUGGUGGCAGUGGAGGUGGCUAUAAUGGAUUGGGUAAUGAUGGAAGCCGUUCUGGAGGUAGUGGAAGCUACAGUGAUUCUGGCAAUUACAACAACCAGUCUUCAAAUUUUGGACCCAUGAAGGGGGGAAACUUUGGAGGCAGAAGCUCUGGCCCCUAUGGUGAAGGCCAAUACUUCACCAAACCACAAAACCAAGAUGGCUAUUGUGGUUCCAGUAGCAGCAGUAGCUAUGGCAGUGGCAGAUGAUUU